AUGGCUAAAGAGCAACAGACUUCAAGUUACAGCAGUGGUGGAAACAUUAUUCCUACUCCUGAAGAGGCUGCUACAUUCCAGCCCCAAGUUGUUGCAGAGGGUGGAUGGGAAAAAUGUUGGGAAGACGGGGUAACACCGUGGGAUCAAGGAAGAGCCACACCUCUCAUUCUCCAUCUUCUCGACUCCUCCUCUCUCCCUCUUGGCCGUACUCUUGUCCCUGGCUGCGGUGGAGGGCACGAUGUCGUUGCGAUGGCAAACCCCGAACGUUUCGUUGUUGGACUAGAUAUAUCUGAAAAGGCUCUCAAGAAAGCCAAUGAGACUUACGGCUCCGCACCGAAUGCAAAGUACUUUGCCUUCGUGAAGGAAGAUGUUUUCACUUGGCGUCCUGAUGAACUAUUCGACCUCAUCUUCGAUUACGUAUUCUUCUGUGCCAUUGAACCGGAGCUGAGAUCUGCAUGGGCUAAAUCUAUGUAUGAACUCUUGAAACCAGACGGCGAACUCAUAACUCUCAUGUAUCCGAUUACCGAUCAUGUUGGUGGAGCUCCAUACAAAGUAUCUGUCUCUGCCUACGAAGAUGUGUUGGUGCCCUUAGGAUUUAAGGCAGUAUCCAUCGAGGAGAACCCAGACUCCAUUCCCACUCGUAAGGGCAAAGAGAAGCUUGCGAGGUGGAAGAAGAUCAACUGA